CUUUCGUUUUCUAGUAAAGCUUCCGGCAGGAGACAAACCGUACACAGUAACAAGAAAUCAGAUCAGAUUUUGGUAUUUAGUAAAAUGACUUCUUGUGUUGCUGAAGAACCUAUUAAGAAGAUUGCCAUCUUUGGGGGGACUCAUGGAAAUGAACUGACAGGAGUGUUUCUAGUUACUCACUGGCUAAAGAAUGGCACUGAAGUUCACAGAGCAGGGCUGGACGUGAAGCCAUUCAUUACCAACCCAAGAGCUGUGGAAAAGUGCACCAGAUACAUUGACUGUGAUCUGAAUCGUGCUUUUGACCUUGAAAAUCUUAGCAAAGAGAUGUCUGAAGAUUUGCCAUAUGAAGUGAAAAGGGCUCAAGAAAUAAAUCACUUAUUUGGUCCAAAAAAUAGUGAUGAUGCCUACGACGUUGUUUUUGACCUUCACAACACUACUUCUAACAUGGGCUGCACUCUCAUUCUUGAGGAUUCCAGGAAGGACUUUUUAAUCCAGAUGUUUCACUAUAUUAAGACUUGCAUGGCUCCAUUACCGUGCUCUGUUUAUCUCAUUGAGCAUCCGUCCCUCAAAUAUGCAACCACUCGUUCCAUUGCCAAGUAUCCUGUUGGUAUAGAAGUUGGUCCUCAGCCUCACGGUGUUCUGAGAGCUGAUAUUUUGGACCAAAUGAGAAGAAUGAUAAAACAUGCUCUUGAUUUUAUACAGCAUUUCAAUGAAGGAAAAGAAUUUCCUCCCUGUUCUAUUGAUGUCUAUAAAAUAAUGGAGAAAGUUGAUUAUCCAAGGAACGAAAGUGGAGAUGUGGCUGCUGUUAUCCAUCCUAAUCUGCAGGAUCAAGACUGGAAACCAUUGCACCCUGGAGAUCCUGUGUUUGUGUCUCUUGAUGGAAAAGUUAUUCCACUGGGUGGAGACUGUACCGUGUACCCAGUGUUUGUGAAUGAAGCUGCAUAUUAUGAAAAAAAAGAAGCAUUUGCAAAGACAACAAAACUAACACUCAGAGCAAAAAGCAUCCGCUCCACUUUGCACUAAAAAUCUCUGCAAGCUCACAGGUAUGAGAGUCUUGCAAAUGUCUAGAACUCUGUAAACCUCCAAGACAAGAGUGCCUUACUCUAGUUCUUUUCCUCAUCACCUAGUCCCAGGCCUCAAGCAGUAAGCAUCCAGGCCAGGUUCUGAAAGGAAAGAAUAAAUUAAUGAAUGUCUUUCAAAUAUAUUUUGGAUGAGCUAUAUACAGUAGGCAGGCAAGUGUACUUCUGGUUUCUGUAUUAUUCUUUAUACAUUACAUUCUGGUACCAUAACAGUGUCAACUUUCACAUUUCUAUGUGCAACUUAGCACACAGUGAGACAGACUGAAUAUAUGUUUUCAACUAAUGCAUAAGUGCUGUUCAAAACUAAUAGUACAGACUUGGUGCUUUUAAGUUCUAACAUGUGAAUUAAUGACAGUGUAUUAAAUGUCCAUUCAAUAAUCUAUAGUGAUUACUGUGAUAUCUGUAGGCAGUUCAUAUCUUUCUGCAGAUGAGAUGUGAAAGGAAAUGGGUACUGGGUGUAAAAGUGCUGCAUGAAUAUGCCAAGAAACACUCCCCUCAAGAAGCUAGUCAUUAUUCUUCAGGUGAAAAGUUUGAAAGAAAUACAUGGUUUGCAUCUCCCAACUGUCAUUCUAAAAGAACCCCAUCACCCAGAAUCAUAAUCAACAGGUUAUGAUGGCCUGGUCUUUGGCAGUCAGCACUAGUGCAAAUAUGGCCCAAACUAACUAGUGACUCUGGGUCACAAACAAAUGCAUAUUUUAAGGAGUUCUUCCAUGUCUCAAGUGACAAAAUCCCUUCCCUCUCUUUAGCCUCCUUAAAAGACCCUGUUUCCCUCUCCUUCCUGUCCCCACGAGGCCCUCACACCCCUCCCCUUCUCUCUAAAGCCACAGCAGUCAUGUGAGGAAUAUUUUUAUCCCAUAAUGUGAACCCCAAGAAACUCACAUUUAUCGAUUCAGUAUGUCUAUCAAAAAUACUAACAUUGAUGCUGGACAGUGGCUUAGUUGGUAAAAUGCUCAUCAUACAAGCAGGGACCUAAGUUCAGUCUCUGGCACCUAGAUAAGAUACCAGGCACAAUGGAGUACAGCUGCAAUCCCAGUGCAGGGGAGGUGAAGACAAGCAGCUCCCUGGGGCUUGCCAGCCAGGCAAUACAGCCAAAUCAGUUAGCUCAAGAUUCAGAGAUUGUAUCAAAAAAUAAAGUGGAGAGUAACUGAAGAUACGUAGCAUGAGCCUCUUGUCUCCACAAAUGUCCACACAGAUAUGAGCACACACACGAAAGUAAUCAUAAUAAUGCAUUAACUGGAAUAGAUACAUCUACACAGAUGUAGAUAGAUGUACCAAUCAAUGUCAGUGACUUAGUGAGUGUCCAGUGUACACACACAUACGUGCAUACACACAUACAUGUGCACAUACACAUUAUUCAUCCAGAGAGAAUCCCACUAAGCCAAUCUCACCCCCAUACACAGUGUAUUCAACAUCUAUUUUGUGCCUUGCCAAAACACGUAAUUGAAAUAUAUUCUUCCUGCUGAAUGUCAUAGCUAACACGUGACAUUUAAAUAAACUUCCAUAAGUGUUGCCAA